AUGCUGCCGAAGCUGUUGAACAAGCGCAGUAGUUGCCCAGCACUGGACCCAGCAGCUAGACAGAUAUCGGGACCACAGCCGAAUGCGGACAACAGAAAAGAUGGAGAGCAAACCGAGUUGAAUUCACCCAAGAAUCGACCUGGGAGUAUCAAAGUGUUGUCUGAGAUACGCAGUGCUAUCCGCGCCAUCAGACAAACCACAUACAAUUGCUCAGACAACUCCAACAUCAUUGAAUGGAAUCAAAGGCGCUCUUCAUCCCCAAAUGCGGACAGAAAAUACGUCAGCCAUGGCGUGGGUGGGAUGACACCAAUUCCUUUGCACAAAGGCAGGGGCUUGUCACCAAAAGCUCUCGCUAAGCGGCUCAGAUUUGAGAACUUUGGAACUUCGACCAAUGCAACAGUUGUCCUUCGAGGCUCUUCUUUGCGACGGCGGACGUCUCUGCAAGCCAUGCCAAGCUCUCCCUCCUUGCCUCUUGGCGAUGCUGUUAGCUCGAUUUCCUCGCUGGGUACUGACAAAUCGUCCGUCGUUGGGAACAACUCAACUCGGAAAACAUCUGUGGAUUCUAGGGUUUCGCAAUCAACUUCCAACAAAGCAAGUCCGAAACGACGUCGGAGCCGUAGGCAUCCGUGGUCCAGAUCUAGUCCGGAUGCUGGCACCUUGCAAACCAUCGACGAGGGGCUAUAUCAACCACAGCCCACAAUCCUCACUGUUGAGAAGGCAGCAGGCGCCAAGGUGUAUCUUGAAACUUACUUCAAUAAUCUUUUAAACAAGCCGAACGCUCGGGCUGCUCGCCAUCAAUAUCUAGAAUCCCAGCUCUACUACAGUCCGCAUUUGGAUCUAGAUGAAAAGGAUGUCAUCAGACGAUCAUUUUACUACCAGGAGACGUGCCACUCAAGAGAGACACGAGUAAUGACAAUAAAAUCUCUUCUUUCUCUCGAUCGUCAAGACCUUUCAUACGCGGAAAAUUAUGACUGCCUAAAGGUGCUUGGCCGAGGCAGCUUUGGGGUUGUCAAAUUAGUACGUGAAAAAGCUAGUGAGGCACAUGCGUUUCCUCGGCAAGUUUAUGCAAUGAAGAUCAUACGAAAGUCGGAGAUGCUUCGGAGCUGCCAGGAGGGACAUUUAAGAGCAGAGAGGGAUUUUCUUGUCGCCUCAGAAGGUUCCAACUGGUUAGUGAUUGUUCCAUUGGUAGCCAGUUUCGAUGACCUGACAAGUCUUUACUUGGUGAUGGAAUACAUGCCAGGUGGAGACUUUCUUGGUCUAUUGAUUCGAGAAAACAUACUGCCUGAGUCAGUGGCAAGAUUCUAUAUUGCUGAAAUGAUUCUGGCGGUUGAGGAAGCGCAUCGACUCAAAUUCAUUCAUCGUGACAUCAAGCCUGACAAUUUUCUGAUAUCGGCAUCGGGACAUUUAAAAAUAUCGGACUUUGGGCUCGCAUUUGACGGACACUGGUCUCAUGACCUUUCAUAUUACAACUGCCAGCGUUACUCUUUGUUGGGCAGACUGGGUAUCCGUGUGGAUGGCGACGCAGAGGAUCGAAAGAAGUCUGCCAAUAUUAGUUCACAGAUACCCUGGCUGCAAGCAAUGAAGGAAAUUUUGGACCGCCACGAACGGAAGAGUGUAGGAAACGAAGACGAUUUGCCUAGCCUUCUGGGCUAG